AUGAAAGUCGACGAAGUAGAUGAAGCAAAAACAAAGCAUCAGGAAGAGAAUUAUGAUUUCCUUUUUGACGAAGAGGAUGAUUUUGAUUUAACCGAAUUUGAAGCAGCCGAAAAAACGGCCACAAAAGAACGUCUCGACCUGAGUAAUUGGCAAAGAUGUCGUGUCGUGGAAAUCGAAAGGGAGAAGAAAACAUUUGCAUUGAUUUUAAAACUGGGAGCUAAAGUGAAAUCAAAUGGAGCUGAAGUAGAGGCGGAGGCAAAAUGUUAUCUUCAGGGUCCAUGGUGUCAUACUCGUGUAUCUGUUGAUGAUAUUGUAUCAGUUAAGGGGGAAUUUGAUGCCGGCCUCGAGGCGUACAAAGUUGACAAGGAUCAGGGAUUUUGCGUUGUCAAUCCGGAUACAUUGAUAUCUGGUACCACCGUUGUGGGCUCAUUGUUUUGCCGUCGCAAAGCUGUGUUGCAGGAUCGCUUCAAGGGAAUUGAUCCGAACAAUAAAGUGAUGGUAAUUGGUUCCUUGGUGCACGAACUUCUACAAAUUGUCUUGGAGAAAAAAAUAUUGGACUAUAAGGCUAUCGAAAAGGAAGCUAAUGAACUUUUAAACUCGCAAGAUACCGCCUUUAUGCUUUACAGUAGUCAAUUGACACGUGAAGACACCACCUUGGAGGUGUUUCAAUUCGUAAAAAGUAUACAUCGGUUUGUACAACAAUAUAUCGAUGAAAAGGAAAAUAGUAUACCAAUUGAAAAAGAAAACUAUCAUGAUCGUAUUGGUGAAAUUCGUGAUAUCGAAGAAAAUCUUUGGAUACCACAAUUAGGCAUCAAAGGUAAAAUUGAUGUAUCUGUUAAAGUUCAGCCACGCGAGAGAAGGGGUCAAAUAACCAAGUUUACUGAAAAACAAGAGAAAAUAUUACCAUUAGAAUUGAAGACUGGCCGAGCUACAUUCUCUAUGGAACAUAAGGGUCAAUUGAUAUUGUAUCAAAUGAUGUUGACGGCUCUGGGGAAGCCAACUCACUCGGGGUUGUUGCUAUAUCUAAGAGAAGGAUUUCUCCGGGAAAUACCAAGUACACGUAAUGAACAACGUGAUUUGAUAACUUUACGUAAUGAAGUUAGUUAUUACCUAAAUGCAAUGCCUGAUUUUGAUAAUCUACCCUCGGAUCCAAAGCUACCCGAAGAUGAUAAAUUUAUACAACCAAUUAUGUUGCCCGAACCCAUCUCACAUCCAAAUGCAUGUGCCCAGUGUGCUUAUAACACCUUAUGUUGUAGUUUUGCUAAAACUGAUCCAUCCUUGGAGUUGCGCUCAAAUCAUCCCAUCCGUAAAUUAUCUGAAGAAAAUCUAAAACAUUUAUCGACGAAAGAUUAUGAAUAUUUUAUUAAAUGGUGUCAUUUGCUGCUAAUGGAAGAACAUGAGUCUCGUAAAUCCAACUUUCAACGAGCUCUAUGGUGUCAUACCCCAGAAGAACGGGAGCAAAUGGGUAGAGCUAUUUGUGGUCUACAAAUUGACGAUGAUGGUAAGGCAAUUAAGAAAGAAGAAACACGUUAUCUGCAUCGUUUUAUAUUGGAGGAGAAUGAGGAAUAUACCGAAACAGAUUUAAUGUUAUAUGGGUUCUCUGCUGGUGAUUAUGUUACUGUUUCGACAGCCAAGCGUUUAGCUAUUGCUGCCGGCUCCAUUGUGGAUUUAGAUUCAUCUUCGAUCACAAUCAGUCUAGAACGUAAUCUAAUGCAAAACUAUUCAAAACAAGAAUUCAUCAUUGAUAAAUAUGAAUCCCAAUCGGGCAAUGUUUUUAAUUUUACAAAUUUGGGAAUUCUAUUGGAUGAUACUGAACAGUCGCGGCGGCUACGUAAUAUUAUUGUAGACCUAGAACAACCACAAUUUGUGAAAAUUUUACCAAAAAUUGUCAGCACUGAAGGUGGUGAAAUUUUGAAACAAUUAAAUUCUGUACAACGAGCUGCUGUCCUUAAGGCGCUGACAACGCAAUCAUUUAUGCUGAUCAAAGGUUUACCCGGAACAGGUAAGACACAAACACUGGUUGCCAUUAUACGUUUACUUUAUUUGAUGGGAAAAUCUAUAAUUAUAACCAGUCACACUCACUCGGCGGUGGAUAAUCUUCUACUGCGUCUUAAGCCCCAUAAAGUUCCCUUUUUACGUUUGGGUAAUGGAGCUCGGGUCAAUGCCCAGCUACGAGAUUCUUGUGAGUCCACCUUAAUAGCCACUUGUCACACAGAAAAAGAACUAAGUAAACUAUAUGAUUCGUAUCGUAUUGUGGGUGUAACCUGUUUGGGUUCAUCGAAUGCCAUAUUUUUACAUCGACGUUUUGAUUUUUGUAUUGUUGAUGAAGCUACACAGGUAAUGCAACCGACUGUACUUCGUCCAUUAUUCUUUUGUGAUCGUUUUGUAUUGGUUGGUGAUCCAGAACAAUUGCCACCUUUGGUUAGAUCUGCUGAGGCCAGAAAGAGAGGUGCCGAUGAAUCUCUCUUUCAUCGUUUGGAUUCUAAGGAGGCUACUUCCGUUUUAACACUACAAUAUCGUAUGAAUAAGACGAUUACAAAAUUGGCUAAUGAUUUAACCUACAAUGGAGCAUUGGAGUGUGCUUCAAAUGAUAUUAAAAUGGCGAAAAUGACACAACCCAUUAACGUAGAAAAUUCGGAAGAGAAAUGGCUACAACGUGUCCUGCAAAUACAUGUUGAUCAGUCUGUCUAUUUAAUCGAUACACAAGACUGUUCGGAACGUUCUUCCGUAUAUGCCAAAACAAAACAUAGCACAACAUGUGAGUUAAUUGAAAAGACAUUUAGUGAAGAGGGCGAAGUAGCAGCAGAAGAAAAACUAAAAUCCGAAACUAAAACCUCUAAACGUUUUUCAAAAUAUUCAAAUUAUUGUGAGGCGGCCAUUGUUUUUCAUUUGGUGAAAACUUUAUUAGUUAAUAAUUAUGAUCCGGAUCGCAUUGGUGUAAUUGCUCCUUAUCGAGCCCAAGUGGAGCUACUACGCAAACUGGCUUUGCAACAUCACGAGUAUUAUCAACAACAAGCACCGGCACUUAAUUUCUCCCUCGUCGAAGUUAAUACUGUUGAUCAGUAUCAGGGUAGAGAUAAAGAUAUUAUUAUUUAUUCCUGUUCCCGCACGGGUCCAUCGGAUUCUAAAAAUACCGAACGUUGUCGUGAUGCUGAAAUUCUCGAAGAUAAACGUCGUCUCACUGUGGCCAUAACACGUUCCAAACACAAGCUCAUCAUUGUUGGUGAUAGUGCUUGCAUCCAACAAUAUACACCAUUUCAAACUCUACUAAAACGUAUACCCGGUUUUUGUAAGUUAAAAUUAGAAGACGAUAAAAUGGGUUUUCAUUGGGAUACAAUUAUGGAGGAAUUAACAAAAGUUAUUAAAUCUAAUUAA